GGAAGAGAGUGUUCUAGAGAGAGAAAAUAGUUUUAGUGAGGGAGAGAGAGAGAGAGAGAGAGAGAGUAAAUAGCGGCAGUGUAGUCGUCGGUGACUUUGCUUGCUGAGCGAUGCGUUCGUUGCGGCCGACGAUCUGACCGGAACUUCAGUUAUUUCCACUCCGUGAAUAAUGGAAGGUGGGUCCCCAGACCGCGAGUCAGUGGAAUCUGUGGCAAAGAUAUCUACUAUAUCUUCAGGUGGUAGAGUUCAAGACCGCAAAGAGUUCCUCCGUAGAUUUACAGACAGUGAAAUACUGACAACAAACCUUACAACAUGGUUUGAAGAAAUUGCAGAAAAAUCAGCACAUGAUGCACUUCCUUUUGAAACACCCUUUGAGUUGAUAGAUCUCCAAAAAUUUGAUUAUGCAUUGGAAGGAGUUCCCUUUCAGCAACUGAUUCGGAUGCCUAGUGCUGUUUAUGCCUCCACAUCUGGUGCGGUGGAAGCCACUGCUUACCUUGCCCUUGAAGAUUUUCUGCAUGCAGGUGUGAAGGGCUUGUGGGAGGCAUUUUGGGGUCAGGAUGAACCCUUGCCUUUCUAUGUUUCUUGUGUGUACAACACAAACUUGAAAUUCUACCAGGCUGAGAAGGCAAUUUCUAAAGGGAGACUUGGGGGUAUUUGUGCCACAGCAAUAAUCCUAAAGAAUCCAAGGCAUGCACAGGGAAAGUGGGAUGAUAUUCUUGAAUUAGCACUUCUUCGACCUGAUAUUGGUAGCCUUGCCACAUUAGAUAACAACCGUAAGCCUUCUCUCUCCAUUAUCAAUGAAGCUUUAUUUUUUGCUAUACGUGUAUUGGUUGCAAGAAGCCUCAGCAAAUCCAACAUUCCUCUCAGUUUGAAUUCUGUCUUUGUCCUACUGGUUGAUUCUCAGUAUGGUGGGGUGAUGAAAAUUGAAGGAGAUGUGAGCAAGUUGGAAAUAGAUUUGAAUAAUGUUUAUGGUUGUGCUGCUGAAUGGAUAAUAAAUCAUGCGUCAAUUUCGAUUUCCCCAAUUGAUAGGAUCUGGAACAAGCUUGGAAAUGCAAACUGGGGAGAUAUUGGUGCGUUACAGGUACUCUUUGCCACCUUCCAUUCAAUCACACAGUAUGCUGGUAUGUCAAAAAACUCAGUUGAAGAUUUAGCUGCUGACCACAGUUCUCGUCUUCAAUCAAGACGAAUUGAGAGGCAAUUAGGUGAUAACAGGGUCAAUGGAAAUGGUUUAUUCCGGCUCCAACAGCGUUCUGCUUCACCUGAAAUUGUAGAAGUACAAGAAGAAUCCAUAAGGUUGGAGUCCAAUAAACCUAUGAUGCUAGAAGUAGGUUCUGUUAUGUUGAUAGAGGAUUCAAACUUGCAGAAAGGUUAUCAUAUCAAUGAAAUGCUGAGUGAUGGAGAGAUAACAUAUUAUAUUGCUUCCCCUGUUGAUGAUCCAGGGAAAUAUUUAUUUCUUUAUGUUGGGUCUCAUCCUUCGCAGCUGGAACCAGCUUGGGAAGAUAUGAAAUUGUGGUAUCAAGUUCAAAGGCAAACUAAAGUAUUGUGCGUCAUGAAACAGAAGGGUUUGUCUUGCAAGUAUCUGCCUCAGUUGUGUGCAUCUGGCCGGAUAGUUCAUCCUGGUCAGUGCCGGAGAUCAAGCUCAGGUGGUAACUGUGAGCAUCCAUGGUGUGGGACCUCAAUCCUAGCCACUAGUCCUGUUGGUAAAACAGUUGCCGACAUGGUGAGAGAUGGUCAGUUUGGUACUGACGAGGCUAUUAGGUGUUGCCAUGACUGUUUGUCUGCCCUUUCGUCAGCUGCCUCAGCAGGAAUUCGGCAUGGGGACAUCAGGCCAGAGAAUGUUAUCUAUGUUACAUCUGGUGUGAGGCAGCCUUAUUUUAUCCUUAUUGGUUGGGGACAUGCCAUUUUGGAAGAGAGGGACCGUCCUGCAAUGAACCUUCAUUUCUCAUCUACUUAUGCCCUUCAGGAAGGGAAACUGUGCUCAGCUUCUGAUGCCGAGAGCCUGGUGUACAUGCUUUAUUUUUCUUCUGGUGGUCAUAUGCCUGAGUUGGAUUCAGUUGAGGGAGCACUGCAAUGGAGGGAAACCUCUUGGUCAAAGAGGCUAAUUCAGCAGAAUCUUGGAGAUAUAUCUGCGGUUUUGAAAGCAUUUGCAGAUUAUGUUGACAGCCUUUGUGGAACACCAUAUCCGUUAGAUUAUGCAAUCUGGCUAAGAAGGUUGAAGAGACACGUUUUUGAGGAAGAUCAUGGAAAGGAGAUUGAUACAUCUAAUUAGAUGGGCACCUUCUAUGCAGCUGUAUUUAUUAUAUUUGGACUCCCAACACCUUCCAGGGUCUCAAGAAUUAUUUCAAGGACAGAACUCUUCUGUCACUUUUUGGGUUACUUUGGGUGCUGUCCCAAGGUUAGAAACAAUAGUAAGAAGGCUGUUUGAGUCCUUGUUGCAGGCUGCUCCCAAAGUGGCAUUGCUCCCAACUCAGGAAGCAAAUUAACACGCAUUUCAUGCAGCUUGUCCAUAAUCGAUACAAAGUAUUUCUUGGUGACUUGCUGCUCUCGGCUUUAUAAAUGUGCCAAAAAGCCACAUUCACAGAGGUUUCAACAGACCUGCUGAGAUAAGUCACAUAGCGUAUGAUGAAAAUCCCUUGAGAUGGAUCUGUUGAUGGUGUUGCAGUCCCAUGAAUCAGUCUGUAGUACAAAUACCAUUGGAGUUACCUUUUUUUUGGUUUUUUUUUUCUUCUUUUGGAAUUUUGAAGAGUUUGUGUUGGAUAAGCUGUGAUCUAAUGUCAGAUGUGAUUAUUAUUCCUUGUAAAGAUAGGAGGUCAGUUGAGAAUGUGUCAGGGAAAGUGGUACCAGAUUUGUAAAUUGGAUAUAUCCUCCUCCUCCUCACUCUUAUUUGGUUGCUUGAUUUGUUGUUGCAUAUCUACCAUUCUUUUUUCUUGGUUUC